UAAUGCUAUAUAUCUGUCUAUUCUUGUUUCUAUAACAUCUGUUGUUUCUAGUAUUUUGACAAGCUUUGCAUUACCAACCCUUUGCAGACUUUGUGCUAUUGAUCUUUCUAACACCUUUCCUAAUAAACUCCCAGGUCUUACUUC